AGGCGUCACUGUUACCAAUAAAUGCUGCACGAAAACAUGUUAAUCGUAUGUGUGUAUCGGCAAAGAUUCCUUUAGUCGAAUCCGGCACUGCUGGUUACUUGGGACAAGUUGAACCAUUGCUUCCUGCCAUUCGAACAGAGGAGUCAUCAAAUUCGGAUGGUGUCUUAACUUGUCGUACUGGAUGUUAUGAAUGUCAACCUCGUGGUUUAGGUCAACGUCACUUUCCUGCUUGUACUAUACGUAAUACACCGUCUGAACCAAUCCAUUGUGUUGUAUGGGCAAAAUAUUUAUUCAACCAGUUAUUUGGUCAGUCGGAUGUCGACGAUGAAGACAUCUCUCCAGAUUUCUCAGAUCCAGAUUUACAUCACAAUAAUAAUAGUAAUCAUAGUCAGAGUGAAGUAAAGUUGCCUACGAGUAGCCCCACCACUGAAGCCAAUGAUACACAUAAUUCGGAUGGCUUGAACAAUUCAGGCUUAAAUAAACCUAGUCAGUUAACCCUAAGAGAAUGGUUUCGACAGUUGUGGUCUAACAAAGCUAAUCAUUCUAACUCAACAGAUAACGAGUUAUCAUCUACUGCUAGUAGUUCACUGGCUUGGAGAUUAUUUCAUCGUGAUAUUGUCACUUUGAUCGGUAUGCGUGAUCUAUGGGUAGAUCGUCAGGAUCGUCGUGAACCAAAUCCAUUGGAGAUGUCUACAUUGAAGGAGGCAAUAAACUACAACUCAG